GAACAAGUAGAUUUAGCUGCCUAUAGAUCCUUAAAUGUUUUUACGGACAACAUAAAAAGUGAAAAUUUAUUAAAACAAAUGUCAAAUGGUUUACCAAUUGAUGUGGUCUAUACUUGGGUCAAUGGAACAGACCCAGAUUUAAUACAGGGAUUGCAAGCUAUGGCAAGUGGCUUUCAGGACUCUUGCCCCUUGUCUCAUUGUGUCAGUGCUCCUUAUGUUAGUCUGUUAGAACCUACAUUAUCAAAGUCAUUUCUUCUAUCAAUUCCUUCCAUUAUCGAAGUUGGCCAUCACAGCAUCUCUCAUAAUAGUAAUACUCGCAACUUCACCAUUGUUCGUGUCUUAAAUGAAAACUCAGUAGGCACAGUAAUGUCAACAUUGUCUGAAGCCGUUGGAAAUAAUUCUCAGCCCAGACAAGCUUAUUGGACGUCAGAUGUUGGGGGUGGCUGGGGUGUCAAGCAGAGACAUGCAGCCCUAGUAACUGGAGGUACAACAAUACCUCAUGUUUCGCUUCUCAAGAUAUUGUUUCCCCAGCAUUCUGAUAUCACUUCAGUGUGCACAGUGUCAGAAGCCAAUGCUGUGCAGGUUGUGGAAUGUAAAGAUGAAGAUCUCAUCUCUCACCUUCUCCAGACAGCUGUCAACAGUGAAGGCUUACCAGAAACACUCAAAGUUAGACAGGCUAUGUUAAUGUUGCAACCUGAUAAAGAAGAUCAAUUAAAAGAAGUGGAUGUGAAUAGGUUUAUAGAUAAUGAAGAACUGCGCUACUCACUUCGAUCAUUAGAGAAGUAUGCCCCAUGGAUAAGAAAAAUUUUUCUAGUGACUAAUGGGCAAAUUCCCUACUGGCUGAACCUAGAUCAUUCACGCCUCACCAUUAUUACUCAUGACCAGAUCUUUGUUAAUAAAAGUGAUCUUCCUACUUACUCAUCUCCAGCUAUUGAAAGUCACAUCCACAGAAUUCCAGGACUAUCUGAGCAUUUCCUGUACUUGAAUGAUGAUGUAAUGCUAGGAUCAGAAGUAUGGCCAGAUGAUUUCUACUCUCCAUCAACAGGCUACAAGGUUUAUUUAUCAUGGUCUCUCCCGGAAUGCUCCUCUGGCUGCCCGGGCUCCUGGCUUGGGGACGGAUACUGUGACACUUCAUGUAAUACAAGUGCUUGUGAAUGGGAUGGAGGAGACUGCACGGGAGGCAAGGGUGAUGGAGCAGGUCUUGACAUGGAUUACGACUUUGGAGUUGAUGACACGCCUGACUUCUGUGCUUCCUCGUGCUCUGAUCUUUGGUUGGCUGAUAAGUACUGCGAUCAUGCAUGCAAUGUUCCAGCUUGCGGAUAUGAUGGUGGAGACUGUGGAGUUGAAAAUAUGAAAAAACUGCAUGAAUUAGCUGCACCGACCUCAUCAAAUAUCACCUAUAUUUUGCCAAAAGGUGUAUCUGUAGCAUGGAUGAAUAUCUCAACACUUCUAACACCCAACAAGACCAUUGAAGGGCGGCACACUGAGCAUGCUGGUGUUCGAAGCUUGGCAGUGAAUACAGCGCAGAAAGUCCUCUUCAUUUUCCUGAAGAACAAUUUGACAACGACUUUACAGCUUGAAGUUAAUAUUAGUAGCAAAGAGCAUUCUGAAAUGUAUUUUCUGACAAUGAAAUGGAAUACCAUUGUGAAUAAGACUGAAGUGGCUAAAGUUACAAAAAACACCACUGAAAAAACGGUUAUAGUUUAUAAGAACUAUACAUAUGAGGAGGUCUCGCCCAAAGUACUGGCCAAGAAGAUAGAGACAGCAGGCACGGAGGAAUAUGAGUAUGGUCUAGUGAAUGUUAAUUCUUCAAACUUACCUCAGUCUCUGAUCCAGGCCAUCUUGCAUUUAGAAACUUUGCUUAGAGAUGGAGAGCUUACACAAAAUGGUUUCAAAAGAAAGAAGUCUAGCCUCAUAUCAAAAUUCAUGGAAGAAAAUAUAGGACAUGAGCUUGUGUUCGAUCAGAAAUAUGGAUUUCCUGACAAAGAAGACACAACAAAGAAGAAUCCAGAAAGGAAAAGUAUUGACAUGAAUAACUUACAAGUCCUUAAAGAAAAUGUUGAUAAAGAGAAUGAAACAAACACUUACAUGACUCAUCCAAAAGUACAUGAAAGCAAAGAACUGAAUCUGUAUAUGAACACUAGACAUCUUCUUUUUUCACCUCUUGAUGACUACACUUACAUGGAUUCAGAGGAAGAAGGUGAUGAAAUGGGGAAACUGAACCCAAAUGAUAGGUAUGUGGCUAAUAACAUUAGUGAUGGCGCCAUAGACUCUUACAAAGGAAACCUCCCAUGGGAAAAGGAGGGGCUUUUCCAUCAGAAUUCAUUCAGUGUCAAACGUCCACCGCCGGUUUUCACUAGAUUUCAGGCUUCAAAAAGGCACCUAUUGGACAUGUUUGCUGAGUCAUUACUGCAUGUAAACCGCCUCUAUAACUCGGAAUUUGGCUACCAGGCAAGGAGAGUCCCAGCUCACAUGCCCCACUUUAUCAGCAAAAGCAUCAUCAGAGAUUUGCAAGACAGAUUUUCAGAGGAGUUCCAGUUAACAUCUUCACACAAGAUCCGUCAGGCUAACGAUAUGCAGUAUGCCUUUUCCUACUUCUAUUUCUUAAUGAGCAGGAAAAGAAUAAGAUCUGUCGAGGAAGUCUUCAGAAGCUUUGAUACAGACAAUUCCGGGACAUUGUCAGACCGAGAAAUACGAAACUUCUUAACUCGCUCAAAUGAUCUGCCACUGUACUACAGUUCUGUUCAAGCAUUCCAUAGAAUUGUGACUAAUUGCUCCAAUAGCAUUGAGACACAGCCUGUACCUACUCCAGUAUAUGAGCGAUACACUGAUUCAGAUCUGCCAACUGUGAGUCUGGAAUUGGUUUUGAAAUGUGAAGACCUUUCAGCACUUAUGAAGAAAAUGGAAAAGGUAAAUUAUUAUAAAUACACCCAUCAAUCAGAGGAUGUAGUACAUUUCAAGAUGGUUACAUCCAAUGUUAGUGUUGUGGUGCACAUGCUAGAUGAAGUGCGGAAGAAUCCAAGGAAGUUUAUUUGUCUGAAUAGCAAUAUUGACCCGCGAAGUAAGGACAAUGAUCUGAUCCAUGCUUUGGUUCAGGAUAUGUAUGAGUCACUCUUCCCUGUGCCGUCUUCAUUUGAAUUGCCGUUGAAUUAUCGCAAUCGUUUCUUGUAUGUGAAAGAUUUGCAAGAUUGGAGGAAGUGGAGAGACUUCAUUCGGGCUUUAAUUUAUGCGUGUCUGACAUCUUUGAUUGUUCUCACCUUGAUCAAUUUCUUUAGUACAGAGCUCGAGAGUCUUCGUAGGAAAUGGUGCAGAAGACGGAGACGGAGAGAUGGCUUAGGGGGUAUUAGAGUCUAAGAGUGUAAAGACUUUGGAUACUCUUUUUUUGACAUGUUCUUAUAAAGGAUUAUUUUAUAGAAUUCUUUAAAAUUAGUUUCUGUUAAAUUGAGAAAAUGUUUUAAAUUUUCAUUAUGAUUCAUGUUAUAUUCUAAAACAUGCUGUUAUGCUGUAAACAGGAAAAAAGUUUUUAAUUAGGUUCUUUAUGUUAUUUUGUGAUGUCUGUAUCAGUUUUUGUUUGGUUUGGCAGUUUUUGUAUGUUAUAGGUCUUACCAAAUUCAAAAUAAUUAUGUAGUUAAUAUCAGACUUAUGAAUGUUUAUUGU